AUGGCCACUGCUACUCAGACCCAGACCCAGCCGAAGCCUCAAUGGACUGUCGAUUACAACACCACAAGACGACGGAAACUGUUCAGAGACCCGCCGAAAGAUAAAAGCGCAUACCCUCUCCUGCAGGCUGCCGUCAAGCCGCACGUCGAGUCGUUCAACGCACUGUUUGGACAAGGCCUGAUUCAUGAAGCCCUGAAAGACAUAGGCACCGUGACUGUGGUGGACGGCAACCCGAAUGAUCCCAGUGGUCCGCGGAAUAGACUCGAUCUCAGAAUAGCAGACGUCUCGCUAGAGUCCCCGAGGCUUCCAGACUCCAACAAGUUUAGCACCAAGAACCGCGAGAUCUACCCCUCCGAAUGUCGCGAAAGACACUCCAGCUACCGAGGAACGCUCAGAGCGAAGCUACAGUGGAGAAUCAACAACGAUGAGUGGCAGGAAAGUACGAGAAAUCUUGGUCAAAUGCCAGUCAUGGUCAGGUCGAACAAAUGCCACCUCGAGAAGGCCACACCGGCCGAUAUGGUCACCCAUCGAGAAGACUCUGAAGAAUUAGGAGGGUACUUUGUCAUCAAUGGCAAUGAGAAGCUCAUCCGCCUACUCAUUAUGCCUAAGCGAAACUAUCCCAUGGCCCUAUCCCGAGGCGCAUUCACCAACAGAGGGCCAACAUACUCAAAAUUCGCUGUUUCAAUACGUUCUGUACGGCCAGAUCAGACGGCUCAGACAAACGUUUUACAUUAUCUCACGGACGGGAACGUCACAUUGCGAUUCUCAUGGAGGAAGAACGAGUAUCUGGUGCCCGUUGUGAUGGUCCUCAAAGCGCUGGUCGAGACCAAUGAUCGCGAGAUUGCUGAAGGCAUCGUUGGAACGCCCUUGGGGAGCGAGAAACCCAGCUCAUUUGUCUCAGAACGUACAGAGCUACUUCUGCGGACAUACAAGGUCUACAAUCUCAAGUCAAGGAGCCAGACGCUGGCAUAUCUGGGCAGCAAGUUUAAACCUGUCCUACAGGUGCCAUUCACCAUGACCGACGAGAAAGCUGGCGAAGAAUUCCUCAGACGCGUGGUAUUGCCACAUCUCGGCAAUGCUAAUGUAACCGAGGCUCAGAAUCAUGACAAGUUCCAGUUCCUCCUGUUCAUGAUUCGCAAGGUCUACGCUCUGGCGGCAGGAGACUGUGCUGUUGACAAUCCUGAUGCCGUGUCCAACCACGAGGUCCUCCUGAGUGGCUUUUUGUAUGGCAUGCUCUUGAAAGAGAACCUCUCUGAAUGGCUGGGGAGAAUUGGCGUUGCUGCACGCGACUGGUGUCGCACGAGGCGCGGUACCUUCGUUGAUGCAAAGUUUGGCGCAGAGUUCCUGUCCAGAACCGUCAGAAGGUCGAACGAGAAUGUCGCCCACUCUUUGGAAUAUUUCAUGACGACAGGCAACCUGGUCAGUCCGACUGGUCUCGAUCAGUCGCAGACGUCAGGCUUCACGAUCGUGGCCGAGAAGAUCAACUUCUAUCGGUUCAUUAGCCACUUCCGAUGUAUACAUAGAGGUGCUUUCUUUGCUGAACUCAAAACAACCACAGUGAGAAAGCUUCUGCCAGAAAGCUGGGGUUUCUUGUGCCCUGUGCACACCCCCGAUGGAUCGCCCUGUGGGUUGCUGAAUCAUCUUGCCCACCAAUGUGUGGUACCCACCGAACGACCCCGAACCGAGGAACUUGAAGCCACUAUCGCAGAGCUUGGUCUUGCCUCAACACCUUCGAUGUCGAUUGAAUCUAGUCUUGGUGUGCAGCUUGAUGGACGCAUACUCGGCUACUGCACAGCCAGCAGAGCGCGUGAGAUUGCCCAACUACUGCGACAUUGGAAAGUCAACGGCCAACGGAACGUUCCGGUAGAGCUCGAAAUUGGACACGUGCCCACCUCCAAUGGUGGUCUGUAUCCUGGUCUGUAUUUGUUCACGCAGCCUUCACGGAUGAUCAGGCCUGUCAGGUAUCUCGCUUCUGACAAGCUCGACUAUGUGGGGCCUUUCGAACAGCAAUACAUGAAUAUUGCAUGUCUGCAGGAAGACAUCAUCCCCAACUUGACAACACACAUUGAAUACACGCCAACCAACAUCCUCUCCAUUCUUGCCAAUAUGACGCCAUUCUCAGACUUCAAUCAGUCGCCACGCAACAUGUACCAGUGUCAGAUGAGCAAGCAGGCCAUGGGCACACCUUCGUCCAACCUGAUGUACAGAACAGAUAACAAGGCUUAUCUACUUCAGACUGGGCAGACUCCUGUGGUUCGACCACCGUUGUACAACGAAUAUGGACUGGACAACUAUCCAAACGGCAUGAAUGCGGUAGUUGCUGUGAUUUCGUAUACCGGCUACGAUAUGGACGACGCCAUGAUAAUCAACAAAUCAUCUCACGAGCGUGGUUUUGGCGAUGGUGUCAUCUAUAAGACGAAAGUGUACGCGCUACCCAGCGGCAAAUCUCAAUCCCGGACCGAGAUCAAACACCUGUUUGGCUUUGCCGAGAAGGACACCAAUGUCUCAGCUGAGGCACUCAGAAUGCUCGACUCAGAUGGCCUGCCGACGGUAGGGCUAAAGGUUGCAGAAGGGAGCAUCGUACUGGCACAUCAUGCAGUCAUGUUGGAUCCCUCGACCGACCAACUGGUGAAUCUUGACGGCCGGACCGAGUACUUCAAGUACAAGGAUCAGGAAGAGGCCUAUAUCGACCAAGUGCGACUGAUAGGCUCUGAUACUGGUGAGCAGCCUUGUCAGGCCAUCAGCAUCAAGUACCGCAUACCUCGGCGACCGGUCAUUGGUGACAAAUUCUCAUCUCGCCACGGACAAAAGGGCGUUUGCUCGUUUCUGUGGCCCUCCGAAAACAUGCCUUUCUCGGAAUCUGGCAUCCAACCUGAUGUCAUUAUUAAUCCGCAUGCGUUUCCAUCGCGAAUGACCAUUGGCAUGUUCGUGGAGUCACUGGCGGGCAAGUCAGGAGCGCUCCACGGUCUGGCACAGGACUGCACGCCUUUUACAUUCAGUGAGGAUAACACGGCUGGUGACUUCUUCGGCGAGCAGCUUCGGCAGGCGGGAUACAAUUUCUCUGGCAAUGAGCCUAUGUACUCGGGCAUCACUGGCAAGGAAUUCGCGGCCGACAUUUACCUAGGCGUCGUGUACUACCAACGGUUGCGUCACAUGGUGAGUGACAAGUUCCAGGUGCGGACAACGGGACCGGUGAAUGCAUUACACGGUCAGCCAAUCAAGGGACGGAGCAAGGGUGGUGGUAUCCGCGUGGGUGAGAUGGAAAGAGAUUCACUCAUCGCCCACGGCUGUGCCUACCUUCUGCAGGACCGGUUGAUGGAUUGCUCCGACAAACAGCGAGCGUGGAUCUGCCGAGGCUGUGGCUCUUUCCUUGCGACGAUGAUGGUGCCCAACCAAUACGCACUCAGCAAGAAAGGCGGCAGGAUGGAGCCAAGUGGCGUUGUGAGAUGCCGUGCCUGCGCAAGACAAGCACAGUGGGGCGACAGCAAGAUGAAUGUGUGGGAGGAUGGUGCUGGCAGGAAAUGGGUAGGGGGUGACAACACGACUGUGGUCAAUGUGCCCGGAGUGCUACGAUAUCUUGAUGUUGAGCUCGCAAGCAUGGGUGUGCGGACCAAGUUCACUAUUGAAAACUGA